AUGAAGUUCCUUGUUCCUCUUUUUCUCACCAUCAUCGCCUUCUCGAAUUGCGAAGAUCUUCAAGUUCUUGUCAAAAACUUCGAAGCCAAGAUCAGAUCCCUGAUCGAUGCUAAGAACUUCGACGGUCUUGCGAAAUACAUCCAUGAACAUCCAAAAUUUUGGAUUGCAAAAAUAGCUCCAAGAGAUAAACAGGAGAUUAUCGAUUGCUUGAAAAAUGGAACUUUUAUUCUGUUCAAUGGUGUUGGUCCGAGUGAUAUUCCCAAAAUCGGAUUUGAGGAACCGUCUCAAACGGAUUCACGUAUUGGUGUUUUUCGAAAUAUGACAGAUGGAAGAGAAGUAGAUUAUAAGCUCAGAAAACAAAAUGGAACCGAGUUUGGAUAUCUCAUUCAUGACUAUAUUGACUAUAAGGCAUAA